AUGACCGCGCCCGACGGCUCCCCGAAAACGCCCAAACCACCACCGUCGCCGGAAAAGAACGCGAACCCGGCCGCCAAGUCGGGCCUCGUCCUGGGCAAGGGCCCGGCCCCGAUCAACAAUGCCAAGAUAAAGGACCGCAUCGCCAAGUGGCAGGCAGCCGGCGGCGGCACCGUCGUCGUCAACGACCCGCUGGCCGGCGACGCGGGCGACGCCGGUAGCAAGAGCCCCAAGCCCAAGCCCACCGCGGAUAAGUCGGAGGACAAGGAGGCGGCCAAGGCGAAGGCCGACGCGGCCCAGCAGCCCUCGUCACCGCAUAAGCCCAAGGCAAACGAUCUCGACGAGGACGUCCUUGACGCCGUCAAGCCUAAGAAACGCGUCGUCAGUGACAGUCACUGGCGCAAGAAUAAAAACCCGCCGAAGGAAAAUCAAAAGCCCAACGCCUGGGUCCGUCCGAAGAAAGUUGUCCCGCCGAAACCGGCGGAGGAGGCGGAAAAACCGGAGUGUCGGCCGAAGAGUCCCCCAAAGAGCCCUCCUAAGAGCCCUCCGAAGAGCCCGUCAAAGAAAAAGGAGUCGCCAAAGCUUUUGCCCAAGCCGGUUUAUGGACCCGGCGGCAACAGAGUUCAGGCGGUGAGGAGGCGGAGAAAAUCUUCAAAUUCGAAGAGUAGCGAGGAGGAACCGGUAAAGGAGCCGGAAAAGCCGGAAAAGCCUCGCGAGCACAUCAGGGCGAAGUCAGCAAGUCGUAGUGUUCUUUCGGAGGAUGAGCUUCGCCGGAGAAGGAAAUCAAGGCGCAGUACUCUGGUGGGAAAGCCUAAGGAGAUACCUACCAGUCCACCCUCUGCGGAUACACCAGUCACGGAGCGGAGAAGAAGCCGCAGGUCCAGGCGCUCUUCAUCGGAACAGGAGGACAAAGCACCGCCGGUCAAGUCACCACCGGCCAAGUCGACGCCGGCCACACCUGAGACUCGUCCCGUCAGCAGCGUAGAGGCAUGGCUUUCUGGCACUCCGGAUCCGUUCGCUGAAGCAAGCCAGCCGGCAAGACGCCCCUCAUCAAGCAGUGAUGGCUCGGUUGUUGUUCCAGAGAUCAAGGAGCCUAAGAAAUCCGAUAGUGAAGGCUCUCCUCGUCGCGGCAGUAGGCGAAGGAGACGCAGGCGAAGCCGUGAGAGCCCUGAUGGGUCCGCAAUAUCCGACGACAGGCAGGCACGACAACGCUCAAAGACCCCUGUGAACAAUGAUGAGAAUGUGGUUACUGUUGAGUAUGAAAAGUCUAACGUUUCGGCAUCGUCGUUACCACCAGCAUCGCCAGCAUCGCCAGCAUCGCCGGGGUCGCCGGGGUCGCCAGCUCUCAAGCGGAGGGGAGCCAGACGUGCCAAGUCGCUGUCGCCCACUAAGCGGACGCCGAUGUCUCCGCAGCCUGAAACGAUCCACGAGGAUGAUGUGCUGUCAUCUGUUGCUUCUUCCGUCGACACUUCCACUAUCCACGACCCUGAGCCCGUCAGCCGCCCUCGCCGUCCGUUCCCCUCUACCGGCAAGCAGCUGUCGACGAUCGCUUCCGUCACGGACCGCGACUCGAGGAUCACCAGUGGAUCGCGGAUUCCGUCUCAAGAAUCGGAGUGGACGAUUUCGCCUGAUGACGCUCUUGAGGCAGCCCCUUCAGAGACAGGCGAUAGGGACAACGAUGCGGAGUCCAUUGUGACGGCUAAAGGACGGAACAACAGCAUUAGAAGGACCGGAAGUAACAACGUCAAAAGGACUGAAAGUUCGAGAAGAAGACUUGCGUCGCAUUCGGACCUCAUGUCCGUCCUCUCUAUGCCGGAGCGGAUGGCUAGCAAGAGUAAGAGUAUCGUUUCUGCCCGCAGCAUCCGCACGAACCGGAGCAGACUCGAGACAGCGACGGUUGGAGAUCUCAUGGAGGAACUUAAGUCGGACGAGAUCAAGUAUAUGCGCGAGUUGCGCACACUCGUUGAUGGCGUCAUUCCGGUUCUGCUGACCUGUGUGUUGUCGAAAUCCGAGUCGGCAGUGGCUGCUGGAUUGUUCAGCAAAGCCGGAUCGAAGGAUGACCCCAAGAUCACGAAACCGAUCGUGGAUAUGGGAAUCGCUUUGGAAAGAUUGAAGUCACUGCACAGACGCAUUCCACUGGACGAUCCAGAAGCACUCUUUUCGUGGGCCCACAGUGCCCAGAGAGUGUACCAGGAUUAUGUUAAGUCAUGGAGGCUUGGAUUCCAGGACGUCGUGGUGAAUCUUGCGCCCGCUAGCGACAAAGACGAUGAGGACGAGCAAACCGCAAACGGACCUCGAGAUGCAUCUUUGGAUGAGGGCUUGCCUCGGAAUGAAGAAGGCUACGUGGUGAACGGCGAUGGCGAAAGAGUUGACGUGGCAUUCCUUCUCAAGCGGCCACUCGUUCGUCUGAAGUACCUAGCCAAGACUUUUAGAGGCAUCAACAUCCUCAAUCCGUCCGAUCGGGCCAGCGAUGUUGCCACAAGGUACCAGGCCCUUGUCAGUGAUGCCCGCAGACGUUCCAACGAGGAAAGAGCCCGGAUCGAGGACGAGGCAGCCUCCAACAUCGAUGCGACUAGGGCUAGAGACCCACGUAGCUUGGCACCUUUGGCUGGCGUCGUCAUCGACAACACAAGAUGCGUCCGCGCCAGAGAUUACUUCGACAUGCGUAUUCUUCACUCUAGCGGGCAAGAAGUCGACUGUAGAGUCGAGCUGUUGAUGCGCGAUGACGCACCCGGCCGAGGCAACGGCGGCGACCUUCUCCUUUGCGAAGUUGACAACACUGGGCGCUGGCUUUUCUUCCCACCUAUCCAGCACAGCCGCCUGUCGGCCCGCAACGGCGACCAGAAAGGCGAGGUUGUUGUCAUGAUUCGUGGCUUCACGUCCAACGGAAAUGAAUGGCGCGAGCUCUUGACGCUCCGUAUCGACGAUGAAGAGGCUGGUUUUGAGUGGGUUCACAUGCUUGGGCUCACGCCUGUUCCGCACAAGGUCCAACGCACGCAAAGUUUCUUGGGCAAAGCACACAGACCGUCGAGCAGUCAGGAUUCUUCGCUGCUCUCUGUGCAGACUGGGUCCACGCCGCCGCUCAAGAGCAGAACGCCGAGCCCGCGUGAGAUUGAGGUACCAAUCGGCGAGCAGGCAAACGACCCGACGAGCAGCGUUGACAUCGACCGCAGCGAGACGGUCAAGAGGUAUCCGAGACGCAAAACAAUGUCGGCCAUUCCGCCACCGGACCUGUCAGAGGACUGGGCGAGGAAGCGCCACUCGAUUGAUGUGCCCAACUUACAGACGAACGUCCCUAUUACGGAUGCCUUGGCAGUGGAGGAGGCCGGUGGCUCGCCUACCAAGCUCAAGCGCUCCAAGGCCAAGAGAUACACGCGCGAUGAUCCCCGUGCGAAGCGCGGAUCGAAGGAAAUAGAUCGCGACCAGUAUUCUGAAUCGAUGUCGCGGCCUUCACUCCAGUCGGAGCAGUCGUAUGCGACGACUUCCUCUGCUUACUCCCAGGGGACGUACUCGAGCGAGUCGACGGACCUCAGCGACUACUCAGACGAGGAUUACUCUGAACUCCAUCGCAGACCCUCGCGGCCGUCGCCUCAUAGGCGCACGUCAUCGGUGCCCACGUUGGAUAUGCCCAUCAUCCCGCGUUUGCGACAGUCAAGCCGGCCGGAUAGCCUUACCGACGAGGAGAUGGACUACGAGCCACAACAGCAUGUCCCAUCAAAGUUGCAACAGAAGCGCCGCGCCAGCGAUAUCAUAAUUGAAACGCCGGACGACAUGGAGGAUGAAAGGAAUGAGGAGGCGCCGCCUGCGCCUCCGCCACACCGUGUCGUGAGCCCGAAUAGCUCGGGGAACCCGGUGAGUCUCGGAGACUCGCCGAUUCCGAAACUGUCGCCUACAACGGGUAAUCUGUCGCCUACCUCGGCCCAAUACAAAAGUCACAGACGCACGUCUUCGCCGCUGAAGCACGAGUGGCGGCCUUCGACGUGUAGCGAGUCUUCUGGUGGAAGCGAUCUUUCUGCUUCGGAUUACACGGAAACCGAAGGUUCCAUCUAUUCCCAGUCAAGCGAUGACGAUCUGGAGGAUGACGAGACAACUACCCAAAUGGAGCCUUCUCUACUGGAGCCUUCGAUUGACGAUGAUGCUGACCAUUUCCCCAUGCGCGAACCUCCAGAUUCGUUGUACUCUCCCCCUGAUGAUACCCUGAGCCCCUCGCAGUCGGCUUCCCAGGCUCCGUUCAGAAGGGUGCCGUCAGGGAACGGUAAAGCAGAAAAGACCGUUGCGAUGCUUUACUCGUGGGCUGACCGUGGCCACUGGGAGACGCUGCAUCCAGAUGAAUGCAGCAUUGUCAUUUCGCCUGGCCUGAUUGAGGCUUUUGAGAUGUCCCCCUCGCACAGCGAUCCCGGUCGCCCUGAUGAGCAACCGCUCGUCGCCCUCGAGCUCACUCCACUAGUUCCCCUUCGCCGCGGCACGGCGCUCGACAUCUCGAUCCGCUCGCCUCCUACUUCAGAGUCGAAGAUCACGUCAGGCACAAACGUCAUGUUCCGCAGCCGCUCGUCGGAGGAGUGCGAGGCGCUCUACGCCCUCAUCAACAACGCGCGCAUCAACAACCCAACCUACAUCGCGCUGCAGCGAGCACGCGGGCCGCAGGGCGGGUCCAGCUGGGCCGAAGUCAUGGACCGGCGCAACGAGGCGCGCACGGCGCCAAGCGCCAACGGGGCCAACGGGAGCUGGUGGGGCUCGCUGGGACGGCGCAACAGCUACCGGGCGAGCAGCACGCGCAACAUGAGCACAUCGGCAGGCACGUCGAGCAGUGUGGGAACGAUGGCCAGUGCCUUCUCAGCGCUGAAGCGGUUCAGCGCGGGCGGCAGCAACAAGCUGUUCAACGUGGGCAAGAGCAGCCUUGGAUCGCACGACUACGACAGCCGCAGCCACAGCACGGACUCGCUGCACGGGGAGGCGGAGGCGUCGCCGGACGCGUUCACGCCCGCGACGCAGAAGGAGCUGGACGCGGCGGCGGCGAGCAUCGCAAACACGAAGAUCCGCCUGUACGCGCGCGAGUCGCAGACCAAGUGGCGCGACAUGGGCUCGGCGCGGCUGAGCAUCAUGCACCCGAGCCGGCCGGCGACGCCGUCGUCGAGCGGUGGCGGGGUGCGGCAGGGCGGCCAAGGCAGUCCCGGGUCCGGCAGCACGGACCCGGAAUGCCAGAAGCGCAUUGUGGUGCUGGGCAAGACGAAGGGCGAGACGCUGCUGGACGUGACGUUGAGCGAGAGCUGCUUUGAGCGGGUGGCGCGCACGGGCAUUGCGGUGAGCGUGUGGGAGGAUGCGGUGGGCACGAAUGGCGAGGUUGGUGGGGUGCCCGCUGUGGGGGGCGUGGGGGGCACGAGGGCCAAGGUUUAUAUGAUUCAGAUGAAAACGGAGCGCGAUUGCGCGUAUUGCUUCUCGUUGCUGGGGAAGCUGCGGUACUGA